AUGGCACUCUUCGGCAUCUUCUCAGACUUCUUCAUGAAUGUCGACGUAGACAUCUGUGCUUCAAUACCACCAGCACCGGGACGACCCCGGACGACCGCGCUUCUCCAGCCUAGGAUCGACGAGCUAUGUUCUCAGCUCUUCAUAUACAGCCAAACAUGUCGAACGGCCCACUUCAACCCCGAAGGCGCUUUCCCCGUAGUUGCCGCAAAAGCAGUCUUCACAGCAGAAAACUUCGAAGAGUGUAUCUCGGCUUAUUUCAGCGUCUUUCACCCCCAACAGCCACUCAUCCACUGGCCGACAUUCGAUAUGCACAAAGUUCCGCUCCCCUUGUUACUCGCUGUCGCCUUUGCUGGAUCAGUACAUUGCACACCCACAGACGGCGCCUUGUCAUCCCGCUCCUUCUUCGAUCUAAGCGAAGACUUCAUCUUCGUGCAUCUACGCAACGUAGUCGCGACACCCAAUCCCAGACACGAUCCCCGCGCUCUGGAAGCAGUCCAAGCCGCAUCACUCAUAGUAGCUCUCCAGAGUAGUUUCAACAACGAAGCAACACGUAGCCGAGUCGGAAUCUCUCGACACCCUGAAAUCAUCGCUGCGAUGCGAUCGCUCAAGUUGCUGGAACCCACAGUCACGGUGAGACGUCAAAACCAGGUACCGGAGUGGAAUGCGUUCAUAGCCGAGGAAUCUAGAGUGAGAGCUGUGAACUUCAUCUUUGCUAUGGAUUGCAUGGCUACCUUUUUCUUCAGCUCGGUUCCCAAGAUUGCUAUUGCGGAGGUCUCGCAGACGCUUCCGUGCAAUGAUGUGCUUUAUGAUGCGGCUACAGAGGAAGAUUACGCUCGUUUACGUGCACAGUCGAAACGCCUGGCGAGACCGAAACCUAGCAUCAAGCAACUGGUUUCUGCGUUGAUGAGCGAGGACUGGUCUGAUGAGCAGAAGAGUCCCCUUAUCGAUGUCCUUGAACAUCGACUUCUCAUGAUUUGCAUAUUCGCGUUACAUUCCAUCGUAUUCAUAUCUCGAGCCGCUCUUUUGACUCCGAUGGUACACGCUACUCUACUCCGUGCGACGAAGCGCUGGAAAGAGCUGUGGGAUGCUCUACACGCGGAACGUGAAGCAGAGGAACAAAGACUACUAGGCUUUGUCAAGUAUGGACUAGAGAUAUGGUGGGUCACAUGUAAAGUUCUUGAACUGGCACAUACCGGCGAUGUACAGAGUCGCUACAUGGCGCUCGCUCCGACAGACUCUUUGGUCGAACUGCAUGACUUCUUGAAGCGAUAUGCGAAUUGUGUGGACAGGUAA